CAAGUGCGGAAAGUUGCACACUGGAGAGACAGCAGACACAACUCAUAACGGCAACAAAAUAUUCAAAGUUGGACAUCGUUGCAAAAGUUGAUAAAGUAUAAUGAAGGAGGACAAGGAAAACACGCGUCCCAGAGAAAAGAAAGUGGAAAUAAACUGUGAUGAAAAUGAAAAAGCCGAGAAGUCAAGUAAAGAGAAGAAGGAGGCUAUGACAAAGAUAGUGAUACGACGGCUACCUCCCAGCCUAACCAAAGAAGAAUUAGUGGAACAACUGCAGCCUCUUCCUGAACUGGAUUACCUGGAGUUUUUCUCUAGUGAUACAAGUCUUUACCCUCAUCUCUUUGCAAGAGCAUAUCUGAAUUUCAAAAACCAAGAGGACGUAGUUCUCUUCAGAGACCGUUUUGAUGGCUAUGUCUUCAUUGAUAAUCGAGGACAAGAAUAUCCAGCCAUUGUAGAGUUUGCACCAUUCCAGAAAAUUGCUAAGAAAAGGAGCAAGAAAAAAGAUGCCAAAAGCGGAACAAUUGAAGAUGAUGCUGAUUAUAAGAAAUUUUUGGAACUCUACAAUGGUGAUGAGGAAAAAUUUCCUUCCAACCCUGAGACUUUACUUGAGGAAAUAGAGGCCAAGACAAAAGAACUCAGCACUAAAAAAUCAACACCUCUCUUGGACUUCCUUAAGAAUAAACAGAGGAUUAGAGAGGAGAAGAAAGAAGAGCGGAGACGAAGAGAGCUAGAACGUAAACGCUUGAGAGAUGAUGAGCGGCGUAAGUGGAGAGAGGAAGACAGAAGAAAACGAAAAGAGACUGAGAAACUGAAAAAAGAAAAGGCAUCGGAUAAGGAUAAGGACCAAACUAAAGAAGAACAGCCAAAAAUCAAGCUCUUGAGGAAACCAGACAAAACAGAAGAUGUUGAUACUGAAAAGCCAAAAGAAAAGCCCAAGAAACAGGACAGGGAGAAACAGAAGGAAGUCCGAGGUCCAGGAGGAGGAGACAUGAAGAAACGGCAGAAUGGUGAACACAGAGAUGAGAAAUUUGGCAAACUAGAGGAUGGUGGGCAUAAAAAUUACAGGGAUCGUGAUGGAGACAGAGAGAGAGAGCGGAGACAGAAAGAAAAAGAACGCAUCAGAAGGCAGGAUGAUGAGCGGAGGAGAAGAAGGGAACGUCAGGAUGGAGAAAGCACCUACAAAAAGAGAGAGGAGGAGGAGGGGAAGAAGGAAAAGGACCGUGUUUGGGAGAAGAGAAAGAAUGAGAGUACCGGAGAGUCCUUUGGGAAUGUUCAUCCUGACAAGCCAUCAAAGGAAUACAAAAGGGAAGACAGUGCCAAAAGGGAUCGUCUAAGAAAUAAGGAUCGACCUGCAAUUCAGCUCUACCAACCUGGGGCAAGGAGCCGUAACCGGGGUGGAGGAGGAGGAACAGGAGAAGGACAAGCAGUGGAGAAGAGGGCUGAGAUGGAGUCUACGAAUACUCAAGAGAAAGGGGCAGAGUGAAGAAGCAGUCCUGUUCUAGCAUGGCAAGAUGUCUAACGAGAGGAGUUGCUCUGUUCUAAACAGGGCAAAUUUACACCUCAAAACAAGGUGCUGCCAUCAAAAGAAUUUCCCCCAUAAAAAAACUCUCUGUCUAUGACAUGAGAGCACAUACCUGUCACCCUUCAGUGCCUGAAUGAGCCCCCCAAAGUUUCUGUUCAUGAACAAAGCAAAGAAUAAUUCAGUUCCUGACUGAAGGUUAGAUGUGAGAAGCGGGGCACAACCAAGAGAGAAGCCAAAGUGACUGGACCAUGAUAACUCAAAGUGACCUUACUUUUGGUACACAGCAAAACUUAUUUUACUCCACAUGCUUUUCUGCUUCAUAGUUUGUAAUAAUGCUCAGCUUGCUCAAGAUUUCACUGUUACACUGUAGAAAGAUCUUAUUGCACCUUACCUGAACCCUUCAAACCAAUGUCAUACUGUGCACCUAAGACAAGCAGUAACAUGAGUUUGUGUUCUUAUAGCAUGGAUGUAGCUUUUAAAGAGCCUACUGAUAUACUUUGUUUCCAUUUAAAUUACCAUGUAGAAAUUGGUCAAUUGGGAAAAGAGCCAUGCUUUAUAAAGCUGAUUGCCUUUACCACUGUCUGCACCACUUUUCUGCAAGUUGACUAAAGUAUAUGCAAAACAGAUGUGGCCUUCCCUAAUUUUGGAAUUUAAGCAUAUCCUACCACUCUAACAAAAAUGUAAUUAGCUUUGUUUAGAAACUCAAAUGUUUUGUAAUCCAGUUGUAUGGUUCCUGAAGUAAUAUAUCUCAAACACAGCUUGUUUCCCUUUUGUAGUUGCAGCUUUGUCAAAAUGUGAAAGGAAAUCUGAAAAGACAAUAAAAGAACAA